GCCGGGCCGACGCGGCCGGCUCCGGAGCGCUUUGUGAGGGCGGCGGGCUGCGCCAGACGGCGGCACCAUGAGCGGCUCGGGCGGGGCGUCGGCGGCGGCUGUCAGCUCCGCGCCGCCGGCGCAGGACGAGGGCAUGACGUGGUGGUACCGCUGGCUGUGUCGCCUGUCGGGGGUACUGGGGGCCGCCUCUUGUGCCAUCUCGGGCCUCUUCAACUGCGUCACUAUCCACCCUCUGAACAUCGCGGCCGGCGUGUGGAUGAUCAUGAACGCCUUCAUCCUGCUGCUCUGCGAGGCACCCUUUUGCUGCCAGUUCAUUGAGUUUGCGAACACUGUGGCGGAGAAGGUGGACCGGCUGCGCUCCUGGCAGAAGGCUGUCUUCUACUGCGGGAUGGCCAUCAUUCCCAUUGUCAUCAGCCUGACCCUGACCACGCUGCUGGGCAACGCCAUCGCAUUUGCCACCGGGGUACUGUACGGGCUGUCUGCUCUGGGCAAAAAGGGUGAUGCAAUCUCCUAUGCCAGGAUCCAGCAGCAGAAGCAGCAGGCAGAUGAGGAGAAACUCACAGACACCCUGGAGGGGGAGCUGUAAUGUGAGCUUCCCGCUCGCCCUCUGGUUCUGUGUGGACACAUCCUGCAAGGACGAGGCCUGGAGCAUUGAACCCGAAGGACAGCCUGGAAGAGGAGCCCCUGCCUGGCUCCCAGCAGUCCCUGUACGCCUGUCCCUACACCUGGAGUCCUCUUCUGUCUUUUCCUCUCUAUAGCUUGGUAUCUCCUGGCCCUGGACCACAGCCAGCAGCAAGGAGACUGGCAGUGACAGCAGGUAGCCUCAGGGGUGACCCAGGCCACAGGACUGGAGGAAGAGCCUGCAGUAGCUAUGCCGACAGCCCAUCUGGCUCCACUUCUCACAGCUGGCCUGGCUUGGCCAGAAACAGGCUGCUGUGCACAUUUCCAGAAUUACAGCACUAGCAGAACCACCGGGGAUCUGCUGAAGGCUUGGGAGGAACUUCCCCCGGAGAUGCUGGGCCUGUGCUCAGAUGGGAGGCACGUCAACCCGGGCCUGGGCAUUGGUCAGAGGGAGCCUCCUCUUGGCUCUCCAGGCAGGAACAUACCCCGUAGGCUGAGCCACCUGGGCCCCCUCUGUUCACCUGCCAUCGGGACAGAGCUGUGCCCUGCUGCCCAGGGUCUCUUACCACUGCCCAGGCCCCUCCCGACCUCUCUCUUGUCUGUGGAAGCCCACAGCACUUCCAGGAUGCUCCUCGAGUACCCAGAACAGCAGCUUUGGCAGCGGGUAGACAGUUGGGUACUUGUCUCAGUUCCCUGGAACCUUGGACAGGCCAUUCCAGGGACUUCUCACGGGCCUGGCCCAUGCUCCCAGGUUCUCCCCGUAACCCCCAGGGCCUUGGUGCUAAGCAACUGGGGAGGGCAGGCUCUCCUCUGUCCCAUGGGGCUCUUUGUCCGCCUGUCUGAUGCGGUCCUACCAUGUUAGCCGUGGCCCAAGCCCGGUUAUUAGGGCUAAGCUCGACCCACCAACAUUCCUGCUGGCCUGCCCCCUACCGUGCCCUCGGGGAGCUUCUUGCCUUUGAGAGCUGGGCAGAGACCACAGCUGCCUCCAACACCAUAAGCUGUCCCCACUGCUCCAGGUGCCAGGCCAUCAGGGAACAAGGCCUAUGCAGAGGGCCCAAGGAAGCAGCCCUACCCGGGAUGUGCGCCAUCUACCCCGGCCACCCUCCAUGCCGUCGUUACUUGUGUCCCCCACGUGUGUCUGCCUCAGCCCGCUGACGUUCCGCUCCCCAGACCGGCCCCCCAGCUGCUAGGCCCAUCUGAUGGGGCCUGGCCUAGCCCAGGGGGCACUGGGGAGAGACGGGCUGGUGUGGACAAGGCUCCCUCUGGGGCCCAGCUCCCACCCAUCCUUCCCCUAGGACCUGGCUGUGCCUGCUCACAGCUGGAGCUCAGCCCCAGCCCUGCUUUGUUGAAACCGCCCUCGGGCUGUGUCCUGAUCUUUGCUUCCCAGAGGGAGCUCUCUGGGGGCUUGUCAGUGUUGGACAGCGAGAGCAGCAGUCACUGCCCUGGGGACGUGUCAGAGGGCUUCUGGUCAGCAGAGGGCCCUGCUGCCUUCUAGAGCUGGCCAGGCUGAGCCCUGGGGUGGCCGUCCAGGUGAGACACGUGCCUUCAGGUGUCCUCUGGGACCACCUUCCUCAAACAAGCACUAGGUUCAAAGGGCUGUGAGCUCUAGACUCUCCAGGCGGGCGGGAGUGUGUGUGUGUGUGUUCUGUGUGUGUUCUGUGUGUGCCGUGAACAAGACCUGUCUACCUCCCAAGAGGAGCACUCUUGGCUCAUUCUUACCCAGGGAGUGGGACUCGGGGUUACCUGGGCCCAGUCCUCCUGCUCCUUCUGCAGGAGACAGGCUGUCUGUGAUCCAGGAAGGUUGCACCUCCACCCUGUCAGGAAGUGGGGUGUUGGGUGGGCC